GUUUAGACUCCUCGUACAAAUCCUAAAGAGCCUUACAUGUCUUGAAGUCAAAAUAAAAUCUCAAUUGCCCCUCUUCCUACCAUAAAAAAUCAAGAACAACAUGGUGAUCAAAAGCUCAGCUGAAGUUCAAGAAUCAAACUAUGACAAAGAAAGUCAACUCAAAGCUUUUGAUGACACGAGAACUGGAGUGAAGGGUCUAAUAGAUAAUGGAAUUACCAAGAUUCCAAAGAUAUUCGUUCAUGACAAAAGAUCAGAUGUUUCAAGUGAUUCUGAUCAGUCUGCGGCUGUUCCAUUGAUAGACUUCGAAGGCAUAGAUGAAGAUAGAAGUCAACGUGCAAAGGUAGUCGAGGGAGUAAGAGAUGCUUGUGCCGAGUGGGGUUUCUUUCAAGUGGUCAAUCAUGGAAUCCCAGUUAGUGUUUUGGAGGAAAUGAUUGGUGGGGUAGCUAGGUUUCAUGAGCAAGAUAGUGAAGUGAAGAAAGAAUGGUAUUCAAGGGAUUACACAAGGAAGGUGCUUUAUAAUUCAAAUUUUGAUCUUUAUCAAGCCCCAGCUGCCAAUUGGAGAGAUACUUUGAGUUGUGUCAUGGCUCCUCGCCAGCCGAAUCCCCAUGACUUGCCUGAUGUGUGCAGAGAUAUCAUGAAUGAUUACUCAAACAAAGUAAUGGUUUUAGCACAAAGAUUAUUCGAAUUGCUGUCAGAAGCACUGGGACUUGAUCCUAAUUACCUUAAAGACAUACACUGUGCAGAGGGACUCUUUUUUCUGGGCCAUUACUACCCAGCAUGUCCUGAACCAGAUUUGACUUUUGGCACUAGCAGCCAUUCUGAUAGUAGCUUCCUCACUGUUCUUGUACAAGACCAAAUUGGUGGCCUCCAAGUCCUUCAUGAAAAUCAAUGGGUUGAUCUUAACCCCAUUCCAGGAGCUCUUGUUAUAAACCUGGGAGACAUGUUACAGUUAAUUUCGAAUGACAGAUUUAUUAGUGUCCAGCACAGAGUGCUAGCAAGAACUGUAGGUCCAAGAAUUUCUGUGGCAUGCUUUAUAAGACAACACCUUCCGCCUGAGAAUGCCUCGAGACUAUAUGGGCCAAUCAAGGAGUUGCUAUCAGAAGAAAGCCCAGCAAUCUACCGAGAAACCACUGUGAAGGACUUGGUAACCCACUACUAUGCAAAAGGGCUCGAUGGGAUCUCUGCAUUGGAGCAUUUCAAGCUGUGAAACUGGUUAUGAGUAUCUUCUUGCUCAAGCUCUAGAAUGCUAGUGAAAUGCUGUUCCUUCGAACGGUGAUAAUUAUGUAUGAGCGAGGUUGUCUGGCCGCCUUGUCUUGUUUCAUAUGUUUCCUCUUCGGAUCCGUUGGACUUGCUUUGUACUUGGUGAUAAUAUAUUAUCUGAAGCAUGUAUUUCGACUAAA